AUAUCGGGCGCCGACACUCAAGAAUCGGGGUUUAAAUGUCCGGAAAAGUUUGGUCACUACCCGGACGGCCAGGAUUGCCAAAAGUACUACGUGUGCGAUCACGGGAGGACACUCGAGCAACGGUGCGACGACGGCCUGCUCUACAACACGUAUCUCAAAACGUGUGACUGGCCUCGCAAUGUGCAGUGCGAUCGGGGCGGCAAACGGGUGAAUACCCGACGAAACCCCGACAUUCAGAAAAACGCUUAUUCGCGUGAUUUUGACGAAACCAAUCGCUUGAAUGACGAGAACAAUCGGGAUAAUGACGACCCGAGCGGCGAUAGCGGGCGGGACUAUAACCAGAAGUUUCAGUCGGGUUCGGUCGGGGCUCCCAAACAGGAUUCCCCGCAAUGGAACCCUAAUUUUGCCUCAAUAACGGGCGGCAAUCGACGGACAGUCUCGCGGGGACCCGUCUCCAGAGCACCGGCCAAUACUGAGCAUAACGCCAACCCAGGGGCCCGACCCCCACCCCCUCCACCUGAAUACGAAUACGAUGUGCCCGACUAUUACGAGUACGAACAGGAGCUGAACCCACAGCCCAAGCCUGUCGUACGCCGCAAACCGGUCAAAGAGGCGGCCCCACCGCCUAGGCGUGUGGUCAACAGCGCUCCGGGCGACCGAUCGAAGGCACCGUCGGUGAAGCGCAUGGGUUGGCUGCCGGGCGACUCGGACUCACGCGAGAUGAAUGAGUAUCACUGGUCGCCAAAAGACGGCGCCGAAUAUAGCAAAGACGUGCCUAAACUGCCGGACGAGGCGUUCAUCAAAGCGGACACCGACUUCCGGAACCCCGAGAAACAGCUCCGGGAGGACAACAGUCCCAACACUGGACCGGAGCCCAAGGAUGACGAAGAGGACGAGCGCGAAGAGUACGACGACUACUACGAAGACGACGAAGAGGCGGCCCAUCCGCACACUGAUGAGGAUCUGGUCGAUGAUACUCCUCAUCAUCACCACCACGAAGAUGACCACCACCACCAUCACGAUGAUGAUGGUGAACAGCCCGCUGAGACCCCUACGCAACUGCCCCCACCCAACAGCCCUAAUAAAGUAGUCACGUAUGACGACGACGAUGAGGUCCGCGCGCAGCCUAAGGUUCAGCCGCCCAGAGCACCCACCGACGAAUGGCCCAAGUGGAACUCUCGGGCCCCGUAUAUCGCCAAUAGUCCCCAAUACGCCCGACUCCAGGGCUCGGCCAACCCGUCCGCGGCGCCCGACGGCCAGAAUUUAGGUAACGAUGAGUUUGAAAAAGGGCCCAGAGCUGAGGCAGUUGUACGGCACGACCGGCCGGUGGCCAAGACAUACAUCCCUAACACCACUAACUAUAAAAAGUUUAAACCGAUUAAGACUAACAUUCACUACAAAAAUAACAACAGUCCGUAUCUGAAGUCAGUGGUCGACAGUAAGUCGACGGCCAGUGAUGGCACUGAUGGCAAGCCUAAGGCCACGUACGGUGCCGUCAGCACCGGUAGCGGCAAAUCUAACAAUAAUUAUGUUAAUAACAGCAAAAAUGACCAGAAAGUGGGAACUUUAGUUCAGUCGACACCGAGAAAUGCCGUUAAGAAAAAGAUUGUUAUAAAAAAGUUUGUGAGCCAUAAGAAUAAGCCUAAAAAGGCCGGACAGGGAGGACAGGGAGGUGUGCAGAGUUCAGAGUCGGACAGUCCGUCCAUAUAUCAAGUGAUGGACGACUUUAGAGAUGAUGUGCCCAAUACUAUACUCAGGCAGAAAUCACUGGCACAAGACUUUAGGGACUCAAUCAUUGAUAACUAUAUGAAUAAUGAUAAACCCAAUUACAUAUUGAAUGACAAUGAUUUUGAUGGCAAAACCUAUAAGGUUAAGGUGUUGGGCGAAGAGGGCGACAGCGAUGGUGAGCUGGUCAGGGAUUUUGAGCAAGAUUUUGGCACCGGUAGUGAUCAUGAUAAAAAUAGUGAUCAAAAUGAAAAGCAUAAGAGUAAUAGUGAUCAUAAAUCUGUGCAUUUUAUGGCCAGUAGUGAUAGGGAUAAGUCUGAUAAUGAUGGUAAAUCUGUGGACAAACAGCCUGUGCUAAACACAGAUGCCAUUGUUAAAAAUCAGCGUGAUCAUAAUAAUAAUAAUAAUAAAAUGGUCAAUGCAUUCACUGAGACACCUAUUUUCGUGGGUAAUAAGCAGCCGGCCGACAAUAAGUGGUAUAAAAAUCAGACAUACAGUCGACCGAAGGUAAUAAUCACGGACUAUAAGCCGCCGCCCAAACGUACGGCACCGGGCGGUGUGUUCGGGUGGAAACAGUCGGUUGUGUUCGCACCCCUACCGCCGCCACCGCCACAAGUGGUCGUCCCGACCACUACUAGCACCGCAUCGCCGCCCAAAUGGCCAUUUGUAGCGCCGCCUCCCAUACCCACCACCACUACCACAACAACUACAACCAAACCCCGUAUACGUAUCAAAGGGACGGCCAAAGCAAACAAACCCGUAAUGAAAGCACCGAAACAACAGGCGGCGCCCAAAACAGUGGCGCCGAACGGACAGUGGUAUCAAAAUGUCAAAUACGAGGCCAACCCAUCGGUACAGACGGCCAGCUAUGCGAAGGCCGAUAAGUGUAACCCACAGCACUGUCGGACGCCGGACUGUCGGUGCGGUGGCACUGAUAUACCGGGUGGUCUACCAUUGAAACAGACGCCGCAAAUAGUUGUGCUAACGUUUGACGAUUCGGUCAAUGAUCUCAAUUGGGAUAUCUAUGACGAGCUGUUCAAUAGCGACCGCAAUAAUCCCAACGGGUGUCCAGUUUUGGCCACAUUUUACGUGUCCCACGAGUGGACCGACUAUUCACAGGUGCAGACACUGUACGCCAGGGGCCACGAAAUGGCAUCGCAUUCCGUUACGUAA